AUGAAUGGGGCACUCGUGGCAGACAAGAAGAACCCAAUGGACCCCUCCAGGCAGGUGCAGGUCCAUAGCGAUAUCCAGAAGGCGAGAUCUGUUCAAGACAAGGCCAAGGGCCAUUUCAAGAUGCCGAGCCCACGCGACUGCAAGGCUACAAUGCUGCAGGGUAGUGGAGUGGUCCAGGUAACCGAUGGUUCUCCGCGAAAAGGCCAUGGUUCUCCCAAGAAGGCCUCAACCGUCCACUUCUUCAUUGAGAACGAUGAGCGGCCGGUGCAAGCAAAUCGUGUGGAUCUGAAGACCGAAAACGAAUAUUGGACGCAGAGCUCGAACAUGAGCUCGUUGGAUACUCGUGGCGAACUCAUUCGCCACAAGGAGGCCCGCGACUCCUGGACACAACUGAGUUGCAACGCGAGGAAGCAACGUGAUCUACAGUCAAAAGUGCUGGGCGGAUCCUCGCAGACAUCGACGGCUGCACCUAGACUUCUGGCCGGUGCCGGCCUGUCCCCGCGGAAUUCUUCCCUGAGGCUGCCUCUGAGUCCGCGUGAGCACAAGGCAAACGAAAUUGCCACCUCAGAGGAGAGCCCACUCAGUAUGGGCAAGCCAGUCCGACCCAGCAAGUCCAUGAGUCCAAGAAGCAGCAUUGCGGCAUUCCGUGACAGCACAAAUGAUGCAUUUCGACGCAGCAACAGUCAAUUCACCGACUUGCGGAGCUGCGAGAUGCCAUUGUCUGCAAGAUCCCCAAGGCGUAGUGAGAUGCAAGACAUGUCAACGACAUACUGGGCCAACAGCACCACUGAAAUCUCGCGCAAGAAUGCACAGCGGCACCAGAGACGUGGUGGGCAAGAGAAUGAGGUGAUGGAGACUGCAGGUUUGUUGAUUCACCAAUCAUCACCCAGGCUGGCUGCAGAAAGUGCGCAUGACAAGAAGCUUUGGCAGGAUGAGCGAGUAUGUGGUGGUGCAGCGUCUGGCAUGCAAGCAUCUCUGGAAAUUUCUCGUCGGAGGCGAGAGCUUCAGACAAGCAAGUCAAUGGGUGAGUUACCUUCCCGGGCGCUCUCUGCUUCAGAGCGGAAAAGAGUUGACCUGGCCUCUGGCCAGAUCCGCCUCGCUGCGGGGAUACCCCUGCAGAAGCAUGAUGAUGGGAGUCCCUCCGGCUGGGCAUCUCCUCGCUCCAUGCGUGCCACUGUCACGCAGCCUCCGUGCGCAAAAACUGCGGUUCGGGGCGUCAUGAACCAGCCAAGCAUGUCAAAGUUUCGGAAUAUGGAGCCAGACUCGCCGCAAGCGCGGAAGGUUCGAGAGCAGAGAACGAGCUUCGCACUGCUCUGA